GGUGCUGGCUGGACAGCGGCGCCGGGCGAGGCGAUGGCCCCGAGCGAUUGGGCGCUGUAUCCCCAUGCGGAUGGAUGGUGGGCCAUUCAUGUGCCAGCCUCCGCCAUCGAGUUCGUAAUGACCGAUGGCCACGGCGCAUGGGCGAAGGACCAGAAUGGCGAGAACCUGCUCAUCAGAGGUUCGGGCACCUGGACUGUCUGUGGCCACAUGAUCACCAGGGUUGAGGAUCUCAGCAAGGAGGGCUCCAUCACGUACGUGGAGGAAGAGAAGCAGCAGGUUCAGGUGCUGCAGCAGCCACCAGAGCCUGCAGCGAUCACCGUGCUUUAUCAGACGGGGUGGACAGCACCCCGCCUGCACUACAGUGCGGAGGGUGCUGGCUGGACAGCGGCGCCGGGCGAGGCGAUGGCCCCGAGCGAUUGGGCGCUGUAUCCCCCUGCGGAUGGAUGGUGGGCCAUUCAUGCCAUCGAGUUCGUAAUGACCGAUGGCCACGGCGCAUGGGCGAAGGCCGGUCGGCGCUCUGCCUUCACGUUGCUGCCUGCGUUCCUGCAAGA